CUCAGUACCAGCGAUGUGGUUCGUAUCGCAAGGCUAGGUAUCGCAUUUUUGCAUUGAUAAGUCAUUUGAAGAUAAAAUAUCCUGUGACGAUUCGUAUCUUUUGAAACACAGACAUUCGGUGAAUUCGUGCUUUCAGGUUCUGGGAGUGCGUGUCGGAGUAUUCUUAGUGGCCUUGUACAUUGGAAAGCAGGUAUCAAGGACGAUGGCACGGAUUGUGUUUGCGAAAGCUAUCAUUCUGGUGACUUCUCGCGAAGCAAAAAAAAUCAGCAGCUCAACGGGCAUGCAGCUUACUGUCAAAACUUCAAGACUGCUACAGGCGAGAAUUAGCGGAAUACCAAAGCAAAUAAAGGAGUACUGUUUUGCUGAUUUUAAGUUGUAAUA